AUGUUUUUGCCCCUGUCUGAAAAUGGACUUUUUCGUUUUUUCGUUUUCGUUUCUUUCUUUCUUUUUUCUUUCUUUCUUUCUUUCUUUCUUUCUUUCUUUCUUUCGCAGAACAUCGAAGGAGCAACUUAUAAUCGAUUGAAAAAGGAUUCUAUCUUUAUGUAUUUCUCACUGACACUGCUUUCUUUUGUUCUUUCUUUCUUGUUUUCUUUCGUUCGUUCAUUCUUGCUUUCUUUUCUUUUUUUUAUUUCUAUCAUUCUUUCUUUCGUUCUUUCUUUCGUUCUUUCUUUUGUUCUUUCUUUCGUUUUUGACAUUUUUCUUUUUUUUAUUUCCUUUUCUUUCUUUCUUUCUUUCUUUCUUUCUUUCUUCCUUCCUUCCUUCCUUUCUUUCUUUUCUUUCUAUUUUUUCUUUCACUAUGCAUAUUUGUUUCUGUCUCUUUCUUUCUCACUGCCACAUUCUUUCACCGUGAAUUUCAUUUGUUUAUCCUAUCUUCUUUAG